AUGGAAGUACAAACAAAGGCAAUAUUUAAAACAAGAACACCAAGGGUGAAGUGUGUUACAAGCCAUCCAAACUACCCAGAUAUUCUAGUCUGUCUCUUUACGGGGGAAAUAAGGCUGUAUGACCCAAAAACAUUUAACAUCAAAAAGUCUGCUCAGAUAUGUGAAGUACCCAUUCGCACGGCCGUGAUUGUACCGUCUAAAGAUUGCAUAUUGGUUGGAAAUGACGAGGGCUGCAUUCUUGUUGUAGAUCUGGGAAAUCUAUCAGUUAUUGAGACAGUAAAGGCGCACGAUGACUUUAUAAGAAAAAUAGUUGUAGAUGAGUGCAACCAAAGAAUAAUCACUGUUUCUGAUGACAACCGAACAAAACUAUGGAGCUUGCCGACGGAAUAG